AGCGCACCUCCGCCUCGGGAUCGGACACGUUGCAUCAUCGCGUAAAGCGAUACAGCCACAUCAGAUUCCCGCUCAACUGUCGAUUAAGCACCGCAGCUGCUGCAAACUCGCCAAUUCCACAGUAUAAAUAAUGGACAAUGGCCGGUGCGGGUUAGUCAUUCAUUAAAGACAUGUUCCCUGUCAUCCUGCUUUUCAAAAUACCACUGCUUCUGUCUGCCGCACGAUUCUCCGCUCUGUGCGGUACACCACCUCAAUCCACGCCGAAAGCGGAUGAGGAAGCCAAGUUCCAAUGCUUAGAAUCUAAAGCCCUUCGAGCCGUCAUUCGGUGGCUACCUCCGCUCCUCGUGAUGCCAUCCGUAUGGCUCACCUUCAUUUGCGAGAGCACUCUCAUAUUGCUUACUAUAUUCUUGCCCAAUGACCGACCAUCGGUGCAUACGCUCAUGGGCACGGUGGCCCUCCCCAAUCUCCGGCUCACAACGUCAUUCAUCCUGGGCUGGGCUCUCCUUGCCGCGGGCGCCCUUAUCCGUUCGACUUGCUAUCGCCAUCUUGGCACUUAUUUCACGUUCGAGCUCGCGGUGCGCCAGAACCACAAGCUCGUCACUACCGGACCCUACUCCAUCGUGCGACACCCUGCCUAUACGGGCAGCAUCAUGGCGCUCGCCGGAAUCGCUCUCAUGCAACUCGGCCCCGGCUCCAUGUGGGCGGAGGGCUUUAAGCUGUGGACGACGCCGGGAGGGACAUUGCUGAGCUUCUUUUGGCUCGGGAUUCUGAUGAUCAUUCCGUUCGGGAUUGUGUCCAGAACAAAGAUUGAGGAUCAUGUCCUAAGAAACGAGUUUGGCAGGCAAUGGUCUGAUUGGGCAGCGCGAACGCGCUACAGGCUGCUCCCAGGCAUUUUCUGAGAGCAUUUGUCUAUAUUUAACAGGAUAUCCCUAAAUC